CAAAAAAAAAAAACAGAAGCCUUUGCAUUUUGACAGUAAAAUAACAGUAAAUUAGUUUUAACCACUGCCAAACAUAUAAUUAGCAAGCUAAUUAAGUAAUUAACGAGAUAGAGUGACUGCGAAUAGCAAUCCUAAAGCAAAACACACGUCAUGCGGUCGCAGCGUUGCUAGUGCGCCCAUAAUAACGCUGAGACAAAAGCAAAAGAUUUCGCGCCGAAAAGGAGGACGGCAAAAACACGCAUAGCGCUGCGAAAAACACACAAAAUCCGAUUCUAAAUGGACUCUGAUGCGGCGAAAAUGUGCCCGAACUAAAAGCGAGUGCGUGCGGUUGUAAUUGUGAUCCGUGGAAUCCGUACCGCUUCAGUACCGCCCCCGCACCGCUCCGCCGCCGCCCUCGCCACCCCUUGCCAACACACAAACACAAUGGCACCAGCGAAAAAACGCGAGAAAGACAAUAAUGCCGACGGUGCGGCCCCAAAUGGCCUAAAUGGCCUGUCCCACGGAGCACCGGAUGCGGGAAAUGGAAGUGGCCAUGGUAAUGGCCAUGGCAACGCAGGCUCUACUGUACCGCCAACGGGCGAGGGCCAGAUCAAGCUCAAUGGCCACCAGCAGGAGCAGGAACUCUUUCUGCAGGCCUUCGAGAAGCCCACGCAGAUCUAUCGCUACCUGCGCAAUCGACACGAGACAAAUCCCAUCUUCCUCAACCGCACGCUCAGCUACAUGAAGGAACGCAUGUCGAGGAACAACAAGAAGCGGGCCAGCUUCCAGGUUAACUCCAUGCUGGACAGCAUUACCCAGAAAUCGGAGGCGGUGAGUCAAAACUACCUGCACGUCAUCUACGAUUCGCUCCACGAGAAACUGCAGUCGGCGACGCCCAACGAUUCUGGCGAGGAUUUGCUGCAGGAGCAGCUGCUGUGCGAGGCGGGCGAAUCGGUGAGCGUGGAGACCUCUCUAUACAAGAUCACACGCAGCAAGCGAAAGGACAGCACCCUGGACUUCCAGGAGCUGCUCAACAAGAGCUCGCAAAUCGUGUAUAAUCCAAAGGAUCGCGUGGGUGAGCAUGCCACCAUCAGCAUUCCCCUGCAGACGAUGCGGCCCAUGGGGGAGCAGCACACCCUUUACAAGCUGCUCUUUCGCAUCAAAGUGCUGGCGCCUAGCUCGUGCAACGAUGAGAAUUCAGAAACUCCUCCGAACAAGCGGUCGCGUCGAAACGAGAAGAUGUUCGGCUCGGAGCUGAUUUUGUACGAGAAGUCCAGCGGCUUCAUUACCGAGGGCGAGUACGAGGCCAUGCUGCAGCCUCUGAACUCCACCAGCAUCAAAUCCUUCUCACCAAAGAAAUGCACCUGGGAAACGAUGCCCGACAGCUACAUUCCACUCUCGCUGACCUACGAUGUCUACCAGCAGAGUCCCAUGCUCAAGUUCCAUCUGACGCUAUCCAACGAGCAACUGCCCGAGAUCAUUUCGGCGCCGGAGUUGCAGCGAUAUGUCCAGCAUCUGGAUGCGGUGGCCGAGAUGAAUCACAAUAACAACAACUACAACAAUAACAAUAACUGCAGCGGAUUGAAGAACGGGGGAGGCAGCGCCUUGUGCAAAUCCACCCCAGAGCACAUUCAGAUCGUUUACAACUUUAUGUACAGCAACAAUACGCGCCAGCAGACGGAAUACACUCAGGAACUGAACUGCCCAUGGUGCGGCCUAGACUGCCUGCGUCUGUACGCCCUGCUUAAGCAUCUGAAGCUUUGCCACGCCCGCUUCAACUUCACCUACCAGCCGGCUGGCAGUGGGGCGCGCAUCGAUGUAACCAUUAAUGAUGCCUACGAUGGCUCGUACGCUGGAUCGCCCUACGACCUGGCCGGGCCGUCUGGCUCCUCGUUUGCCCGCACCUGCGGCCCCGUGCGACGCACUUCGGUCACUAGCCUGAUGGUGUGCCGACCAAGGCGGCAAAAGACCUGCUUGGACGAGUUCUUGGAGCUGGACGAGGACGAGAUCAGCAACCAGCGUUCAUACAUUACGGGUCACAACAGGCUCUACCACCAUACGGAGACUUGCCUGCCAGUGCAUCCCAAAGAGCUUGACAUCGACUCCGAGGGAGAGAGCGAUCCGCUGUGGCUGCGCCAGAAGACCAUUCAAAUGAUCGACGAGUUCUCCGACGUCAACGAGGGUGAAAAGGAGUUAAUGAAGCUGUGGAACCUGCACGUGAUGCGUCACGGAUUCGUGGGCGACUGCCAGUUGCCGAUCGCCUGCGAGAUGUUCCUCGAUGCCAAGGGCACCGAGAUUGUGCGCAAGAAUCUCUACCGCAACUUCAUCCUGCACAUGUGUUCGCUCUUCGACUACGGCCUGAUUGCGGCCGAGACGGUGUACAAGACGGUUCAGAAGCUCCAGGGCCUGCUGAGCAAAUACGCUGCCGGGCAGGAGCUGAUGCAGCGCCAGCGCGAGGAGCAGCUCAAGUUCUGGCUGGACGUGGGCAUGCACAAGAAGCAGGAGGAUCCCAAGACGCUCAAGUCGCCGCAGAAGCCAGCUCCACCCGCAGACCAGGCAUCUACCUCCUCAGCGUCUACCUCGGGCAGUGGAGCGGGGACCAGCUCGAUGCAGCCGCCCAAGCGGAUGCCGGCUCAUCUGAAACGAGGCGGUGCGGCGGCUGCCACAGGGAAUGCGGGAAAGGCAGCCGAAAAUGGCAGCAACGGCAGCACCAACAACAGCAAGAACGUGGCCAAAAAGAGCGCCGAUCAGCCGCUAAGCACCCUGGCCAACACACGGGAGCGGCGCUCCGAUCCUGGCCAGAAACGCAAAGUCGGCGGAACGCAACCGGCGACAACGCCCGCGUCAAAACGCAAGCUGAGCGCCAAAGAUAAUAUAGUGCUAACCAAGCGGCAGCGCUACAGCGACGGAAGUGCCGGGGCAGGAACCGGAAAUGGAACAGGACACGGAAGCGGCAACGGAGCCAGCCGCAACAAAAGCAAUAACAACACACUGCCAGCAACCAGUAACAGCAGCAACAGCAGCAAGCGACCCAUUGCCCGGCGACGCUCCUCAUCGGAGAAGAACAAGGCCAGCGGAUCGGCGGGAAGCGGAGCUGCCGGAGUCCGCACCAGGCUAUCGGUGCCGGCCAAGUACGAGAGGCGCUGACGCAGGCGCCGCCGCUGCUGCUGCUGCUGCUCCUCCACCUCGACCUCCACAGCCACCUCCUCCUCCACCUCAUUCAUCGCCUCCCGUUAGUUAGCCGAGGCCAGGCAAUUUCUACAAACCCCUUAUCAUUAUUGCUAUAUUCUAUUAUGUUGUUUUAUAUUUUAGUCGAUUUAUGAUGUUGGACAUUUUGUAAAAAUUUUUGUCGGAUUUCGAAUUGACCUCAAAAUUGUUCACUUUGUUCGUUGGUUUUUUUUAAUACCGACUCUGUAAGCCAAUUUAGUUCUACACCAAAAUCGUAACCUGAAAUCAAAUAUAUUUAACUCUAAUUUGCCAGUUACUUAA